CAAUAAUAGUUUGACAUAGCAAUAGUGAGGGAAGCAUUAAAUAAUAGUGCGUUUUGGAUUAUAUUCUUAUUUCUGAAUUUCAGGAAUGACGAUCCAUCGCCUUUGGAUGUCUUGCGUACUUGUUUUAGUUUUAGAUAUUCGGGUAGACGGAGCCAUGACAUGGAAUGGACCCCCUUCAUCCCGAUCACCUAGAGUAGAUUUAACUCUAUCGGGGCCAUGCUUUAAUUCUGUUACUAGUUUGAAUAUAAACAACGCCGAAGGGACAUUACAAUACAGCUUGGUGAGUCAGAAUCCUGACGGGCAGUUUACUUUGGUCGGGCAUAGAAUAUAUUGUAAUGAGCUUGUCAUUCGAACCAACGGCUACUCGAGUUAUACCCUGACCGUGCGCGUAUCCGAUGGUACAACCACACUUACCGACACGUUUACAGUUACAAUUGUUGGUUUAACAAAGAAAGCCUUCGGCAGUGCUUGUACCGCUGACUCAGAGUGCCAGACAACUUAUGCAAAGUGCCUCAACCAGAAAUGUACCUGUGAGGCUACACGUUUCCGUGACUUACAGACUGACACUUGUCUACCAAAGAAAGCCUUCAACAGUUCUUGUACCGCUGACUCAGAGUGCAAGACGACUGAUGCAAAGUGCCUUAACCAGAUAUGUACCUGUGAGGCUUCACGCUUCCAUGACUCACAGACUGACACUUGCCUACCAACACUGAACAGCGUUAUCAUCUGUGAGUGGCAAAACGCGUCCCUGUCAUGUCCCGCCGGGAAGGUCCUGAACGUGACCUCUGGAGUGUUCGGGCGCACUCGAGGCAAUUGCAUCUGUCCAUCACAUAGUGUCGAGAAUAAGAACUGCACGUCUCCAGGAUCCACUAGCAUCGUACAGGGACUGUGCAACGGCAACAACACGUGUGAGCUCUAUGCGAGAAUUGACAUUUACGGAGAUCCUUGCCCUGGAACAUUCAAAUACCUAGAAGUGGUUCACACGUGUGUGUAAUUAAGCAUAAUUUUCUGAUUGCUAUUAAGAUUGAGUCCAUGCAAUUUAUUUGAAAAAGAAAAUAAAACUAAUAAUGGUAAAGUAUAUUUUAAGAACAAUUUUCAAGUGACGUAUGUUACCGUCACUGUUCAAUUCGAAAUCUUUGUCAAUCACAAUAUGUAGACGCAUUUGUAGUUAUUCCAGUAAUUUGUAACAAUAUAUUUAAAUGCAUGUAACAAUUGUAUCAUAUUCGAAUGUUAACAAAGGGUACAAAAACAGUUCAGAUUAAGCAAGAUUGGUACGAAAAUAAAUAAUAAAAACGUACCUUGA